AUGGUGCAAGAUGUUCCUGCUCGCCACACAGCUCCGGUGCCGACUGCCUCGCGUCACACUCAACAGCAUGAUGCGUGGCUCCUAACCCAGAAUGAGGAUGAUGGCGGCAGGACUAGGAUGGAUCGCACCCCUCGCGAGUUCCUUGUAGCGAAGGUGCUGGUGUUCCGUCCUAAUCGCCGCCUGCAUCGCGCGAGCUCCAAAGGUGCUGCCCAGUUACCCCAUGAGCGGCAGGGUGGGUCCCGCCAUCAGGGUCGCAAGCGCGCGGGAGAUGGAGGAGGAUGCGAGAAGCUGGCAGGGACGUCAGGGGAGGAGGGAAAUGGAGCAGCAACGAGAUCCGGUGGCGGGAGCGGUGAAGACUAUUCCGUCCCAUCACCGCUGGUUGGUGCUUGA